UAUCCAAAAACGGAAUCUUUGCCAACUGCCAUGAAAGUUGAAAUUGAAACCCUUUUAAAUAGGAAGGCCCCUUAUAAAAUCACCCCUUCAGGCCUCAUCACCACCCCUUCCUCGAAAACCUGCAAAAAGAGUAGGAAAACAAUGGCUACAUUCUCCACUCGCAGCUAUACUCUCUCUUUUAAUCUCCAAAUCUUCAUCUUCAUCUUCCUUACAGCAAAACCCAUUUCCUCUUUUGCGCAUCCGGCCCUCGACAACAACCUCUGCUUUGAUCCCCACAUUUCCCUCUUCGGUGAUGCGAGGGUUGUGGAUGGAAGCUCUACCGUGCAGAUCACGCGCUCUCACGCGCUAAGUUCCGGGCUUUUAUUGCUGGACAAGCCCUUCAAGUCCACAUUAGCAUGGAAUGUGGGUCGACCGACGUCUUUUUCAACCGAGUUUUCCUUUUCCAUAGCUCCUGGUAAUUCCGACGGUUUAGCUUUUGUUCUCAUCCCUAAUGGUUUUCACACAAGAUUUCAGGGACAAGGGAUUUUUGGUCUUUCCGGUGAAAAUACGUUUCUGGGUGUUGAAUUUGACACGAAGAGAGAUGAUAAAGCUGGGAGCUUUAAUGCUAACCAUGUACGAAUCGAUAUUCAUGGUCUUGAAUCCGUCAAGGUUAGCAAUUUGUCAUCACUGAAUUUAGUGUUAAACAAUGGGGAUGUGUUGAAAUCUUGGGUUGACUAUGACUCAAGCUCAAAACUUUUACAAGUUAGAUUGAGUAAGCGUGAUGGAAAUAGGCCUUUGAACCCAGUUCUAGCAUACCAAAUUGAUUUGAUAGAAAUGUGGGGAAAUGAGGAUAUUUUUGCUGCCAUAAUAUCAACGGCCGAUGGUGAAUCUUCACAGACUAGUAGCAAUGUUAAUGUUUAUUCAUGGAGAUUUAGGGUAAGGGCUGUUCCCAGUUCGAUGCAUUCGUUGCGUGCUGAUCCGAGAGGUUAUAUGGAUAAGGAUAGUGAGGAAACUAGAGAAGAAAAGGGGAAGUCUUGUUCUUUGACAAUUCUAGCUAGGUUGAUUUUCGCUACUGGAUGUGGAGCCUUGUUUGCGUUUGUGAUGCUGUUUAUGUGGGCGAUUUUUGUUAGCAGGCACACAGUGUUCCCCGUCAAGUGUGAACCGGGCCACGAAGAUUUCAGGUACGAGAAGGUCAAUGUGAUUGUGGAGAAGAAAGAUCAAUGUAAUAAAGUUUAGCGGAUGGAGUUUAUGAAGGUUAUGAUUUGAACUUUGUGUUGUUGCUGUUCUUGUUGUUACGAUUGUAGGUAUUCGGCUAAGCUUCGUAUACUGUUUUUGUGCGUUGCUGUAUGUAUCCUGUAAUGCAAUGCAGUAUUGUUUUUUUUAGGUGUAAGCACAUUCUGAACAUUUCUGAAAUGUUGUAUUCUUUGAAAUGCAUGAUCCGUUGCUUAGACCCCAA